GAACAUAGUCUUGAAUUGGACUGAAUUAGUUGAAUUAGUUUUGAAUUAGUUUGAAUUAAAUUGAAUUGGUCUGAAUUAGUUUGAAUUGGGCAGAAUUAGGGGUGUACACUUGGCAGGGGAGUUAUCCACCCCUCGCUCCCUGCGCAGGCUCGGUGGGGCCGGGGGCCUUCCUGCUGGCGGCGUCGUUCGCCGGCUGCGACCGCACCCUGGUCGUGGCGCUCUUCUGCAUCGGCAUGUCCACGAUGGGCGCCUUCUACCCGGGCAUGCGCGUCAACGCGCUCGACCUGAGCCCCCGGCACGCGGGCACCAUCGGCGCGCUCAUGAACGGCACGGGCGCUCUGGCCGGCGUGGCCGCGCCCUACGUCAUCGGGCUGCUGGCUCCGCACGGCCUCAUGUCGGAGUGGCAGCUCGUGUUCGGCAUCAACUUCGCCAUCAUGGCCAUCACCAACGUCGCCUUCAUCGUGUUCGGCUCGGGCGAGGUGCAGUGGUGGGACGACCCCGCCGGCCGGCGGCCCAGCGACGCGGAGCAGCCGUCCAUCGACGACCGCAAGACCGGCAGCAAGAGCGCGUCGGCGUCGACGGCCAUGUGAGGGCGCCGCGGCCGAGGCGCAGCCAUCGGCUAGCGACCUGCUUUAGUUCACUUCAAGACUGUAGAGACCUCUGGUUAGAGACUGAGAGGCAGCGGCGGCGGCGCCGCCCACGCCUAGGGCUGUGCGAUACACAGAUUUUGAUAUCGCGAUACGAUAUCAGGCAGGUAUCGAGCAUCGCCUCGAUACAUCGAGGCUCGUUAUUAUCGACGUAUCGAGGCGUAUCGAUGGUAUCGAAGCACGAUAUCGGGGUAUAUCGUGCCUUCGAUGCUUUGAAAUACCCACGAUACAGCACGUAUCGAGGUAUAUCGUGCCUUCGAUACGCCGACAUACCCACGAUACGCCUCGAUACCAUCGAUAUUAUCGAGCCUCGAUAUCGAUAUGUCGAUAUCGGAAGCAUAUCGAAGCCCUCGAUAUCAACAUGAUAUCGUAUCGAUAUCGAAAUAUCGAGAUAUCGCACAGCCCUACCCACGCCCACGCCUGGGACUGUCCCGGUGACGAGGACGAAAGGGUGAGCAGUCCGUGGAGGCGCAAGCGCUCUGCGCGUGUUCCGGGGCGUGUCGCGGGUCGGGGCACGCGAGUCGCAGGACAAGUCCGUGCCGUGACACGUGUAUGGGCCCCGUUGCCUGCGGACCGUGUGAGGCGACCGGGCGCGGCGAAGUAGCACAUAGACGCUCACGACACGCUGCUCGGCCCGGCUCCGGGUCCCACAACCGAAAAUGCAACGCAAACCUGACACAGUACAAUGGUUUGGCUGGACCAAAGUGUCACUAUCAUUCCAUGAAUAAUCUUACCUUUUGACCUCUUUUUUAUUAUUGUUUUAUGUACCUUGUGUAAGGAAAUCAUCCAGUGUCAUUCAAGCGCCGAAUAGAUUCGCGUGUAUUUAUUCCAACUAGUCAGCAUGUAAGUGCGUGCCAUUAGACGCCUGCGAUAGUAAUUUUCUUUUUGCCGGAAAGACAACCUCAAAGUGUAAGUCAACGGCCUAAUGUCUAAAGUAAGAUGAUGAUGAUCUGAAAGUGCUCAUGCGCAUUUCUAGACCUAACCUGUAAUCCUGUAUGAAGCAAACUUUUUUAAAUUGAAAAAUGAAGAAAAUGAUAAGGCCCACAAGAUGUAAUGUAUAUAAUUAUUCCUGUAAGUCAACCUGUUGCCAUAUUUGUAUAUUUAAAUUAUAGUUUAGUUUGCAGUAUUAGCGAUUAAUACUCAAUUAGAUACUCAGUUUUAAGCUGCAUUUGUUGCAGCAAUAGAUUAAUAUAAACCGGUAACUCAUUUUAAGUGGCCAACAAAUAAAACUCACUUUUUUAAAA